AUGCUGCAAUCACGAUUAUGCACUCCAGAUGGAUUCAUUAUAGGCUCUCUACGAGGUGGCCGAUUCAUCGUUGGCGACGGCGAAGAGGUGUUCGGCAUUCGAUACCAGUACUGCGAUGAUUCAAUGUCAAAUGAUUCCAUAACUCAUUCGGAUAACAGGAAGAAGUUUCUCAUCGAAGUGCUCUGGACGACUGAUCGUGACGUUGGAGCUGUACAAUUCCUGCUCACGGUGGCUGCAGAGGACGAGCUAUAUUGGGAACGGUGGCGACCUCGAGCUGGACUUAUACGUCCCAGGUGGGCAAAAGACGUCCCCGUGGUUGAGUCGCUUUUUAAGAUAGAAGUUUCACCCGGUCGGCCAGAACCAACUCUGAGUCCCGAGGAAGAAGCAUCGACGUUUUCACCAGAAGAGCUAGCCACUUCCGAGCCUUUCGACCCAAAAAUUUUCGAGGAAAUCGAAGCCGCCGAAGAGAAUGCGAUGAAUCAGGUAGUUCACUUGACUCUGCUCUUGUUUGUGGGUCUCAAAAUCAUCAAAGCCUCUCGUCAAGGCACUCAGUCACUACUUUUUUUGCUUUUUUACCUUAUUUGUAGUAUCAUAGGAUUCCUGAGUUUCAUGGUUUAA